AUGGCGGCUGGAGAUGAGCAUGCUGCUUCGGAAGUUUUGAGAGGACUCGCCAGACAUUUAAACUGUCUGAACGAAGACAACAAGGCGACAAGAAAGAGGGCUCUUGAGUUGAUCAAGAGGGAGACUGUUGAUAAAAAGCUCUCCGGAGCCGUCCAACAGGAGGUUUUCUCUGCCCUCCUCAAACCUCUCCUCAAGUGUCUGUCAGAUCCGAUGGAAAGAUGCAGAGAAACAGCAAUAACGACGAUAACAGAGUUUAUUCGCUGUGUCCCUAAACCGGAGGAGUCGCUGCCUUACCUCAUGCCCUGCCUGGCUCAGCGGCUUGGGGAGAAAGAGAUCCACGAGCCGUCGGAGGAGCUCCGGCUGUCCGCCAUGGAGAUGUUGACUCUGACGGUGGAGGUGUGCGGGACGCAGUUAGCACCCUAUCUGUCUGAAAUGUUCAAUAUACUGCAGAGAACCAUCGUCGACCCCUUCCCAGACGUCAAAAGAGAAAGUUGCAAAUGUAUCGUAAUCUUUGCCAAGUGUUUGCCAGAGCACUUUCACAUGCAGGCUGAGAGUCUGGUCACACCUCUCAUGCAGACGAUUGCACAUCAGCACUCCCGGGUACGAGUGUCUGUCAUCGAGGCCACCGGGGCGGUCAUUCAGCAAAGCAGUGGCAAAAAUGUGGAUGACGUCAUCUCUCACCUGGCACAGAGACUGUUUGAUGACUCACCACAGGUGAGAAAAGCUGUGACUGUAGUUGUUGGUGAUUGGCUGCUACACAUGCGAGAUAGAUACUCUUAUUUCCACAAACUCAUCCCACUCCUGCUGAGCAACAUUAAUGAUGAGAUUCCUGAAAUAAGACUUCUAGCAGUUGAUUUAUGGAGGCAGGUAGGCGCCCAGUGGGAGAAGGAGAAUGAGGAUGACAUCAAGGACAAGAUGGACUUUCUCCUGACUGCACCACCCCUCUACCCACCAGCAGUGGAGCGUCCAGGACUUGGCUGCAGAGAGUUGGUGGUGAGGAACCUUGGCAGGUUGGUGCCUGCCAUCACCCACGACGUGACCGACUGGCUGGUUCCUACACGGGUCAGGACAUCCCAGCUUCUCUCUGUGCUGCUGCUCCAUGCAGAGGACCAUAGCACCCAGCACCUCCAGCCUCUCCUGGCCACUCUCUACCACGCCUGUACUGACUCAGAGAAGGACGUGGUCAGCAAUUGCCUGUCAGCUGCUAAACUGUUGGGGACCUUUGUCUCUCCUGCGGUCAUCCUCAAGCUGCUGCUGGAUCAUGUGACAACCCCAUCCUCUUCCGCCUUCCCCUGGGCCCCCCUCAUGGUGCUGGCUGCGGUGCUGGGAGGCUGCUCCAAACCUCUCCUUAAACCACAUCUCCAGCAGAUCGCCGACACACUGGCCCAGCCUGACGUUUGCCAGGAAUAUCAACAGGUUAUGUACUUGGAGCAGCUUUUGGCCUGUGUGGAUGUGCUGCUGUGUCAGUGUGAGUCAGACUGUGGCUCAGUCAGCCUGCAGCUGCUGCAGGUGCUGGUCAGUGUCCAGAGUCUCUCCACUGAGCCACAGUUGAGUGAAAAGGCCCUGGAGUGUGUACGGUGCUUGAGUAAGGUGCAGGGUCUGGACGCAGUGAUGGAGCUCUAUAGACAACAUAUGGGCCAGCUGUUGGACUGGCUGUCUGCAUCUGUCAGCACCUGGUCCAGUUACUCCCCACAAAGACUCCAACUGCAUAUCAUAGUCAUCCAAUCAGGCCCAGUGAUUGGGGAAUUUGUGAGCCAGUUAAUGCCUCUUCUCCAUGGCUGCCUCCAACCAGACAGAGACCCAGAGAUGAGGAUGACAAUCUUCACAAUGCUGGCCAAGUUGCUGUUGGAUGCAGGCAACACACUGGAUUCCCAGGGGCAUUUUCGUAAUGAGUCUGAGAAGUUCCUGUGUGACAUCCUGCUUCCUAACCUGGUCUGGCAUGCAGGCCGGACUGCUGCUGCCGUCCGGACCUCAGCAAUCAGCUGUCUGCUGGCCCUACUGCAUGGGGGCGGCAUCACAUCUGGACAGCUGCUUUGCAUGGAGGAAAAGCUGACUCCUCAGGUGUUAUCAGCCCUGGAAGAGGACUCUCAGAUGGGUAGACUGUUGGCUUGUCGCUCUCUGUCCGCCAUACUGCUACUCAUAGGAUCCAGUCUGCACCCUGAGGCCCUCAAUAAGCUCUACCCUGAGUUGCUUAAGCGUCUGGAUGAUAGCAGCGAGGAGGUGCGCAGCGUAGCCCUGCAGGCCCUGGGGCUGUGGCUGUCCAGUUUGACCAAAGACUACAACCCCGAGCUCUGUGCCCCUCAUCUGCAGUUCCUCUUCCAGCAGCUUCUCCUGCACCUAGACGACCCCGACAGUUCGGUGCAGGACCAAGUGCUCGAGAUCCUGAAGAAAGGUAGCUCGGUCCACCCAUCACUUCUAAAGACGGAAGUGGAGGCAGUGAGGGACAAACAGCGGAGUCCUCUGUACUGCGACCAGCUGCUGCAACACAUCAGCUCACUGCCCACAGAGACUUCAGCAGACUGUCCUGAGUGACAAGCCACACAUUCAAAACAGACACAGAGACUGAUGUUUGUGCCUUUAAUCCAAUAACUCUCUCUUUUUGCUGUGAAAAUGGUUUUGAUGAACAAUCUAUAACAGCACACUGAAUAAUACAAUGGAGCAUUUUUAACUGAAGUUUAACUCCGCUAUUAUCCUGCUGUCAACUUUAAAUCUUUAAAGUCCUUGUGUGAGCGAGUGGAUGACUGAAUUUUCAUUUUUUUUUAAAGUAAACUUUUCAAUACGUUUUUGAAGUUGAAAUGUCUCCUUUACACUUGUUUGAGUUGAGUUGUUUCUCCAGUCACUGCUUUUUAUUCAUUUGGUUCUGAUGUUUGGAUUUAAUGAAAACAAAGAUUAUUUUUUUGUAUUAUUCACUGUGGUUGUGUUUACAUGUUUCAUUAAUACACAUAUGAGAUCUCUUUGUUCAUAUCUACAGGAUGUGAUACAGUAUCAUUCCUGCACCCACUCUAUCAGCAUCCCAGCCUCCAGAUGGUGCUGGGCCUGAGAGGUGAUGCUCAUGUGAUAUUUGUCUUUAAAGUGCAGUUGUUUGCUUUGUGUUUAAAGAAAACCUGACAAUUAAUGUGUCACAAAUCACAUUAAAAUAUAUCUUAAUAUUU